AAUAUUAUGUUUCUCGUUUAUUGAAAUUUGAGAUUUGAUUUUUAUUCAUAAUUUUGUGCAUAGUACUAAAAUUGUAAUUGUAAGGUUAUGUUGGUUUGUUUAUGUAUUCAUGGUCUGUUCACAACGAACUUGUCACGGCCAACUGCGACGUCGAAUUUUAAUAUUAAUUUAUUUAUUUGGCUAAAAGGGUGAAAUUUGCGUCCACCCUGUGCACCCUUCACCCCAUUCAUUCCUCGCCGUCCAUGCGCGUCGCCGCCACCCUCGCCUCCCUCUUCAGUGCCGUGAUCUCGCCAUCGCGGCCACAACCCCCGUUCUCGUGCCAUUUUCACUCAAUUAUCUCGGAAAAACGCAAAAAUCGUCACCGGACCCAUCGACAAUGUCCGCGAAAACCACCCCCAGAGUGGAAAAUAAUCCGGUGUGAUACCAUCUCGUUGUGUCGUUUUGUUCGGCGGCGAUCGACCGCCCCCACGGGAAAAUGGCGGCGGUGGCGGCGGUAGUGUACAAUGUCUAACUUUUGACAUAGGGCAGUGAUAACAUUAGAGCCAAAAAUGUCAACGUUUGCGUGAUUUUUCAGAAAUGUGCUGUAAAAACUAGGAAGAGUUUGAGACAUGGGGGAGACGCGAGGCUCGAUCUACUUCGCACAGCUGAAGGCCAUGCUGAAGAGGAAUAUUCUGCUCAAGAAAAGGGAAAAGAGGAAAACGACUGCGGAGGUUUUAUUGCCUCUGUACUCUCUCGGUGUCCUCAUCGUGAUGAAAGUGAUGAUUCCGAACCCGAAUUUUCCGGCGAUAGACACUCCACGAGGCGAAGUCCACCUCUUCUCCUAUUUCCAAAAACUGAAAGAUCACACCGUCGCCGUAGUCCCCAACACUAACGAAACUCAAGACUUUUUAAAACGCGUCAACGACUUGUGGCACACCAUCGACCACAACACUUCGGGUUUCCAUCCAAUCAAAUGGUUGCUUUUUCCCACCGAGGAGGAUCUACUCACUGGGUAUUGGUCCCAACCGAACAAUAUACCAAUCGCUGUGAUUUUCGAAGAUCCGAGACCGAUUAGUGGACCUUUGAAGUACAAAAUCAGGUCGAAUCCGUCAGAGUUUGAGACUCCUUCGACGACGGUUUUGUAUAGUUCGCCGGCGUCGUGUCGGGAAUCGUCCGAUUUUUGGUCCGGAGCCAAUGUUUUACCGAUUGAGACGGGGAAAAAUUGUCCGGUUAAUCAGUAUUACUAUUCCGGGUUUGUGGCCCUGCAGGCGCUCUUGGACUAUACGAAGAUUAAGAUCGACACCGAUCGGGACUUCCACGUCCCGAAAAUCAGCCUGGAGAUGUUCCCAAAACGCGCCCACACCGGCGGCUGGAUGGUGGCCUUUCGUCUCGUCAUCCCCCUCUACAUGGUGAUGGCCUUAUCCCAAUUCAUCACCUAUUUGCUCAUCCUCAUCGUCGGCGAAAAGGAGAACAAAAUCAAGGAAGGAAUGAAAAUCAUGGGACUGAAAGACUCCGUUUUUUGGCUCUCCUGGUUCAUCAUUUACGGCAUUUUCGUCCUUUUCUUAUCCAUCGUCUGUUGCGUCCUCCUCUUCACCCUCCAAGUGUUCCAAAACACAAAUUUCCUCCUCAUCUUCCUCCUAGUCCUCUUAUACACACUUUCCAUCAUCAUGUUCGGGUUCAUGAUAACGCCGUUUUUUGACAAGUCGAGGACUGCGGGAAUCCUUGGAAAUUUUGCUGUUAAUAUCAUGAGUUUGUUCUACUUUAUCCAAGUUUUCAUCGACAGUUCCAGUUCAGUGGCAUUUUGGGUCGUUUCUUUGAUAAGUUCGUCUGGAUUCGCGUUGGCUAUGGACAAGGCGUUAGUCAUGGAAUUGAAGGGCGAGGGAGUCAAUUUUGAUAAUUUGUGGUCCGGUCCUGGAAUGCCAUUCGGCGGGAGUUUAAUCAUGAUGGCUUUGGAUAUCGUCCUUUAUGGCCUCCUGGCCUACUAUCUCGAUUGUGUGAUACCCAGCGAGCAUGGUAUCAGACGCUCGCCAUUCUUCUGUUUCCGACCCUUCUUCUGGUUUAACAAGAAACCAGUCCAAAGAAUACCAUUGGCCAAUGGCGGCUCAGCGGGGUCGUUAACCACCGGCGAGGAUGGUAAUUUGGACGUUGAGCCGGUUUCGCGUGAAAUGAAAGGACGCGAAGCCAUCCGAAUUGUCGAUAUGUUUAAAACGUUUCAUCAUUGUCGGAAGCCGGAAAUUAAAGCAAUCAAUGGAAUCAAUCUGACGAUCUACGAAGGCCAAAUUACGGCCAUUCUGGGGCAUAAUGGCGCCGGCAAAACCACACUUUUUAACAUUUUGACAGGUUUGACAGCACCGACUUCCGGAACGGCGUACAUUUUCGGGUACGAUGUCAGAGACCCCAAUGAUAUGGACGAGAUUAGGAGGAUGACGGGAGUUUGCCCACAACAUGACAUUCUUUUCGAUAAUCUAACCCCAAAAGAGCAUCUGGAGUUUUUCGCUGCGGUUAAAGGGAUUCCAGCGAAUUUGCGCGAAUUUGAAGUGAUGAAAACGUUGCGUGAUAUCGACUUGAGUGAUAAGGCCAACGCGUCAGCCAAACAUUUGAGUGGAGGCCAAAAACGCAAACUUUCGAUUGGGAUCGCAGUCAUCGGGGACCCAAAAAUUAUCAUCUUGGACGAGCCUACCGCCGGUGUGGACCCGUACUCGCGACGCCACAUGUGGUCAGUCCUUCAGAACCGUCGCCACGGCAAAGUGAUCCUCCUGACUACACAUUUUAUGGACGAAGCGGACAUUUUAGCUGAUAGGAAAGCCGUGGUGUCCAAAGGCAACAUCCGGUGUUGUGGCAGUUCUCUCUUCCUCAAAAACAAGUUCGGGAUUGGUUACCACUUGACGUUGGUUUUGGAGGGGAUAUGUCGCGAGCAUGCCAUCACCCGAUUGGUCACAUCGCAUGUUCCCAAAGCCGAAAAGGCCCGAAGACAUGGUCGGGAGUUGAGUUUCAUUCUCCCACACAACGCUGUCGAUAAUUUCGCUUCGUUGUUCUCGGCCAUUGAACAGGAGAUUAACAACAAAUCGAGUAAAUUAGGGAUUUCCAGUUAUGGUGUCUCGAUGACGACUCUAGAAGAGGUGUUUUUGCACCUGGAACGGGAUGAGGAAACCGAGGGAACCAUGGAUAAUCUGAGCAAGAAAAUGGUGCGAAAUCGUGCUCUGAGUCGCAGUCUGAGUCUCCAGAGCAAGAGUACGAGUUACCAGUCGUUGCAAAACGAGGGGAAUGUGACUCAGGAUGGGAAAGGUGGGGGCGAUACAAUGGGGGGCUUGGAAAUCAUCAGUGAGACAAAAUCGCCGAUUACUGGAAUCGGGCUCGAAAAAAUCGAAUGUCACCCCAAUGUUUGCCAAACUCUCAUUUCCCUCCUGCGUCUCCGCGUGUUGCGCAUGAUCCGAGACAUCCAAAAGUUGUACUUCAUGGUGCUCCUCCCUCUGGGGCUCGCCGCUCUAGUCCUCUACUUCAACAGCAUGCAAACCAUCGAAGUCAAACUCACACCGUUGGCCCUCAACGGCUCAACCUACGCCGAUAAGACCACGUUUGCCAUUCAUAACGCCUCGGGGGGCUCACUUGACGACUUCUAUGACCAGUUGUUGGAAGUUGGAGUGCAGAGGAUUGACUCGUAUGAUGGCAACUUUUCGUUGCUUUUGGACGUGGCCCCCCAUAUGGCCGCGUUGAAUGUGAAUGUUUUCACGAAUGAUUUGAGUAUUACGGUGAUUUAUAACGAUACGGUGCAACAUAGUUUGCCCAUUAUUUUGAAUUUGAUCAGUAAUGGGUUGUAUAGACUUAUGAGUCCGGAACGGGUGAUGAGGGGGCAAUGGGAACCCAUCGAAGUGUUGACUUUACCGUUUCAGCAAACUGCACAACCGGAGGAGUUUGAUAUCGGGAUUUUUUCAGCGUCCACUUUCAUGGGGAUGAUUUUUGUGCUAGUGCCAGUGAGUUUGGCCAUCGAUAUGGUCUACGACCGAGAGAUAAAAGCCAAAAACCAGCUGCGAGUCAACGGCUUGUCCUUCUGCAUGUACUUCGUGACGUAUUUCGUGGUCCUUGCCGGCCUCAUGAUCCUCAUUUGUGCCGCCCUUAUUCUCAUCAUCUUCCUAUUCAACAUCCCGGCUUUCAAAGGGUGGCCCGCUUUGGUCACUCUCGGAACUCUAACCCUUUUAUACUGCCCUUCAUCGGUCCUUUUUAGUACUUGUGUCAGCUAUAUUUUCGAUAAAACCGAUUCGGCUCAGUCAAUUCUCCCAAACAUUGCCACUUUCGUCGGCUGUAUCCCUUUUUUCCUCGUCACAGCGUUGGAUAUGUUGAAUAUUGGCGGAAAAGCAGCGUUUGUGUUACAUAUUUUAUUUUCUCUACUCAACGCCAUGUAUAUACCAUAUGCGAUCAUCUACUACAUACAGCGGGUUUACAUAAUGUGUAAAUUAAACUCGACUUGUAAUACUUUGACAUUGACCGAUUAUAUGACUAGUGAGAUAAUAGUAAUGUUGGUGGGGAUCCUUGUAAAUAUCCCAUUUUGGUUCUUUGUUUUAAUGGUAAUUGACAUCAAGAAGAGUGGGGGACGUGUCAGCGACGCAUUUAAGUUUUUCAAACGUAACACCGAUGAAAACAUCGAAGACAUCAACGAGUUGAGCGACAUUGGCGAAAAUGAAGAUCAAGAUGUGAAAACCGAGCGUGGGAAAGUGAAAAAUUUGAUGGAUUGUCACGUGGUGAACCCCCCAGUGGUCAUGGUACAAAACCUCCACAAGGAAUACACAAAAAGCGAGAUAAAAUGCGAAUGUUGUAAACACGACGAUGAACCCGAUUGUACUAAAAUCGCAAUUAGGAGUCUCUCUCUUGCUGUGGAUGCCGGCGAGGUGUUUGGCCUUUUGGGGCACAAUGGGGCUGGUAAAACCACCACUAUGAAAAUCAUAACGGCGGAGGAGGCCCCCACACGGGGGCGUGUCCAAAUCGGGGGCGAGAAUAUCACCUCGAAUAUGAACCACGCGUUUCAGUUGUUGGGGUAUUGCCCCCAACACGACGCUUUGUGGAAGAAUAUCACCGUGAGGGAGCAUCUAGAGUGCUAUGCGGCGAUUCGGGGGGUUCCCUCGAGUGAUAUAUCACAAGUUGUUGAUUUGUAUCUCUCGGGGCUCCAGAUACACGAACAUGCUGAUAAGCAAGCACAGCAGUGUUCGGGGGGCACCCGUCGCAAGUUGUCUUUCGCCAUGGCGAUGGUGGGGAACCCCAAAGUGGUGCUUUUGGAUGAGCCGAGCACAGGGAUGGACCCAAGGAGUAAGCGGUUUUUGUGGGACACCAUUUUGGCGAGUUUUCAGGGUUCGAGAGGCGCCAUCUUGACUACACACUCGAUGGAGGAGGCCGAUGCGUUGUGUUCGAGGGUGGGGAUUAUGGUCAAGGGGGAGUUGAGGUGUUUGGGGUCCACUCAGCAUCUGAAGAAUUUGUAUGGGGCGGGGUAUACGCUGGAAAUGAAGUUGAGGGGUGGGGAUAGAACGCCCACUUCGACGUCGUGUGACCGCCCCAAUGAACUCCGGGAGUUUGUUAGUGGAUUGUUUCAUGAUGCGACGCUGCAGGAGAGUUUCGCGGAUAGACUCGUCUUCAGUGUUCCACAACAAAGUGUUCCUUCUUUAGCUAACUGUUUCAUGGAAUUGGAAAAAGCUAAAACGGAGUUGGAUAUUGAGGAGUACAGCUUCAGUCAAACGACGCUGGAACAAGUGUUUUUGAAAUUUGCGCAAUACGAUGAAGUCAACGGGGAAUAAAACCGGAUUGUAUCAUGUGAUUUAUAGAUAAGUUGAAAUAUCUCAUCAAAUCAAAAUUGAUUAUUUUUUAACUAAGUCAAAUGUUGAGUAGUUUAAAUGUGUUGAUUUAAGUUGAAAUUGUACAGUUUUAAACUUGUAACGUAAUUAAACAGAAUGUAUAGUUUGUGUAUGCAUGACUGUUGUAUGAAAAUUGAAUUUUAUUCAGUUUUGUUGGCCUAAAUUUUUAUUUAUUUAUUUUUUUAAACUUGAUGAAAUAGUGCCUAUCGUAUGUUAUGUAAAUAGUCGCUUGCACAGACUUGUCGCUUGCAGUUUGUUUCAUUAGUGAAUUUUUUUUAAAAGUGUGGCAACGCCCACUUGGACGACAAUUUUUACUUUCUCUGCAAUAAUUCAAAUGUAUCAAUUAAAUUGGAAUAAAAUUUUAUUGCUAA